CAGUCGCUACCACCCGCAACACCAUCACCACUCAUCUCCACGGGCCUCGCAAACCUCGUCCGAUAGCCCAUCAUGAACGCCCGCUUCCUCCGCCCCUUCGCGAGGGCCGCUUUCCGCGCGCCCGCUGCUGCCCGCCCCUCGGCCAUGGCACGCCCUGCUCUCGUCGCCAGCCAGAGCAAGAAGACCGAAGUCGGGCCCCAGCAGAUGACGGUCCUCAAGUCGGCCAUGCCCCAGCUGAUCCCCUUCUUCUUCGUCAACGAGACCACCGUGGCCUUCAUCCUGCUGCCAUCGCUCAUCUACAUAUUCUCCAAGUACAUUCUGCCCCAGCGCGUGCGUCUCUUCGCCGCCCGUCUCUUCAUCAGCAAGUUGUGAGCGAUGCCUCCGAGGAAAAGAAGGGACAAUGUACAAAUAGUGGAUAUGUGCUCAUAGACAAUUGAAUGGCAUUGCACGAGGAAUUGAGAGCUUUGGAA